AUGAGCACUCUUCCAUUUGACAACCCCAACCAUCUCGACAACCGUCCAAGGCAGACUGACUACCUUUCGCACUCGCCAUGCCUCGACCCUACUGAGGUGAAGAUCAUCCACCUGAGGACCACAGGUGGUGAGGUCGGCGCCCAAUCUGCCCUUGCCCCCAAGAUUGGUCCUCUCGGUCUCUCACCCAAGAAGAUCGGUGAAGAUAUCGCCAAGGCCACUGGCGACUGGAAAGGUCUCCGCGUCACCGUGAGACUCACCAUCCAGAACCGACAAGCCCAGGUCUCUGUUGUGCCCUCUGCUUCUUCCCUGGUCAUUAAGGCCCUCAAGGAACCUCCUCGUGACCGUAAGAAGGAGAAGAACAUCAAGCACACCAAGUCCAUCCCUCUAGACGAAAUCAUCGAGAUCGCCCGUAUCAUGCGAAGCCGCUCCUUGGCUAAGGAACUGAAGGGAACUGUCCUCGAGAUUCUCGGAACUGCUUUCAGUGUCGGGUGCCAGGUUGAUGGACGGAGCCCCAAGGAUAUUAGUGAUGAGGUCAAGGCUGGGGAGAUUGAUAUUCCAUCGGAGUAAAUAACAUUAUAAAAAAAGUUACCUUUUAUUGUGUAUUAGCCAGCCAAUGCCGGGAUUCCCCGUUUUCCCUGCCUUUCUUUUCUGUGCAAUGGUUUAUGAUGUGAUGUUACGCUACUUGCGCAGACGGAACCUGAACACAAAAAUAAUAAUAUCUGGUCAAUUGACCAGUGAGUUUUACGAAAUAUGGCCCAUCCCAUUCUUCCCCUUUUGGAAAAGCAGAAGAAGUGAAAAGAGAGAAUUAUGACUUAAGAUAUCCCCACGUUCACACUUGCAUCUCAAAUCCACAGCCUUCCCUCGCAAUCUCCAAACUUGACACUGUGACACCCCUUCGCCUUUGCCAACACUCUGGCCCUUACCACCCUGUUCUCUGGGAAAUGUUACCUACGGUAAAGGCCUAUUUUGGUGCAAAGAAGAUAGAAGCAUUGACCAACUACUCACCGCGGUAUCUUUUUGGAAAUUAAGUAUUUUCGUUUCCCGUUCGCGGGAAGGGGAGGGCUUGAUUAAGUGGAUAUGGUGGUCCAUCUUUUGUGGUCAACAUGUUAAAAAUGGCACCUUUUGCCGGUUUCCUCUUAGCUCCUGGAGGACGCUUGUUGGCUUUUUGUAAGGCGGAAUGCAUGUUUCUUAGCCGCAUACGUGCAUAGUCAUAAGUGAUCUUCGACGCAUUCCAAAAGGUUAAAUCCAUUCUACUUUGCCACAUUACUAUCUGGCUCUGAUAAUCUCUCCACCCUCUCGUUCAUGUAUAUCACAUUCUCAAAUCACUUCCGAACCGAGUCCUCUCUCAUGUUUUCGGGCUCAAUU